AUUUUAUUAUUUUUCCACAAACUAAUUGAGCAUUAAUUAAACAUAUGCCCGUGUAAUAUUGAACUGUUGAUUUUAACAAUUAUCGUAAACUACUCCAACAAAUGCCAUUUUCAAUAUAGUUUGCCUGCAACAAAAUAUUACAUUUUUACAUUCUUACUUACUUGAAAAUUAUCUCCAUGGUUUAAUUUACAGCGAAAUAGUUCACGCGAAAAGUAUUACUUUUCGCGCCAAAGCGGUACAUUGCUAGUGAUCAUCGGCAAAGUAGAAACUAUUUUUAAUCGAAAUUUUGUCGCUCGAAUUACUAGCGAUAAGAGGAAGUGAUGUCAGAAAAUCGCCAGGCUCUCUCGAAUCGCAAGCCAUCGGCGCUAGUGUCAGCCCGCAUUUAUAUCUAAAAAUACGUACGUUUGGUUACCCUUUUAGAAAUAAAGGACUCUAACUUGUAAUUUCCGUUUGGUUCGUGUGUUUAUCAUUUUGGCAGCAAGAUUUUUGAUUAGUAUAAGUUGUGUCAUGGAUUGCGAUGCUGAUAAUGCAGUUGGUUCGAAAAUGGAGACCAGCAGCAGAUCAAUGUCACGUUACCUGUACAUGCUUGGGUUAACAGAGAUGUUCAUUUACGCUUCUUACAACGGCGUGAUUGGGUUAGAAAGCAGUAUCAACAUAGAAGGCGGCCUCGGCACCACCAGCGUUAUGAUCGUUUACAUCGUAUCUCCGUUUUCCUGCAUUUUUCUGGUGCCUUUCAUCAUCAAUUUCCUCGGACCAAAGUUCGCUAUUAUACUUGGUGAACUUGGAUUUGUUGCUUACAUUGCAUCCAACUUUUACCCAAGUUGGUACACCCUCAUUCCUGCGGCAGUGGUACACGGUAUCACAGAGACUGGUGUGUGGGCCGGUGCGUCAUGCUAUGUUACUUACCUUGGAAAAAAGCAAUGGAAAAAAGAAAGGCGCCGCAACGAAGGCAGUAGUCUAUCACAAGAAGCAUUGAUUUAUCAAUACUUGGGAACUUAUUACACCAUGCUUUUUUGUGGGGUUAUAAUUGGAAGUGGAAUCACCGCCGCAGUUUUACUCGGAUUGCAGGACCAUGGUGUUCCUAGCAAACCAACAAAUGGCAGUAUCAUUAAUGCAAGUUUCGUUGUGUCAUCAACACUUCAAUAUUCUUCAUCAGCAGCUACCAUUAACGCUACUACGAUACCAUGGAUUGUAUCAAAUGUAACUCCUGAAACUAAAAAUCCGUUAGCGCUAUGUGGUUCGCAAGAUUGCCAGGCGGACUAUAUCUACGACUCAAGCGAGGACGACUUGGAUAAAUUCCAUCCAAGUAAAACGAGCAUUUACUUCCUGCUUUCCUUAUUCACAAUCUGCCCCUUGAUUUUUAUUUGUUUACAAGCCAUAUUUCUCCCCAAAGCGUCAGUUAAAGAUGACCAAUCACCAGACGAUUUACUUCUGUCGACAAAAACGUCUUCGAUAAAAGAUGAAGACAGCAAAACACAGCCACCAACAAAGUCUAAACAGGUUUUAAUAAAAAUGAAAUUGGAAUUAAAGGACACUAUUCGCCACCUAAUUUCGCCACUGCAUUUGUUUGUUGCACCUCUUAUCUUCUACAGUGGGAUAUAUUACGCGUACGGUAUAACUGAAUAUACAAGAGCAUUUGUAUCUUGUUCUAUUGGAGUUGAAAAGUUGGGAUUGGCAACUGGGGUUUAUGGAGCUUUUUCCAUUUUCGGAACGUUUUUCGGGGGCCACGUUCUGUAUCGAGUUGGAAGACUGAAAUACGCAAUAGCGGUUGCGUGUUGGCACUUGGGUACCUUCUUAUGUAGUAACUUUUGGCAACCCCACCCCAACAAUACAUGGGUCGUAUACUUGCUUGGUGCUUUCAUUGGAUUUGGAUUUGGAAUUAAAAGCAAUAUGCUUGAAGGUUUGACGGCACACUAUUUCCGAGGCACUGAGGGUGUCGCUUUUACUCUUAAAAGUUGCAUCAUGAAUCUAGGAAUUGUAGCUGGCACAGCGUGGAGCACAAGUCUAUGCGUGUAUGUGAAGAUUUAUAUUUUGAUUGGUUUUCUUUUGUUUUCGUUAGUGUGCUUUUUCAUAGCUGAAAAGUUGUUCUUAAAACAAAAGGAAAGGCUAACCUCUAUUUAA